ACGAAAGCUUAAAAUCUAAAUUUUGUUCAGAGUUGUUUACGGGGCUGCCGCGGAUUUCUAAUCGCUGCCGCGGAUUUCUAAUCGCUGCCGCGGUGACGUCACCGCCUCCCGUGGCGACCGUUGCUAAGGCGACGAGCGUUUGAAGCCAGCCAAGGCGUCCUAGGCCCAAGGGUCUUUUCAAGUUCACAUUUUGUAACACGUCAACUACAUUUUGCCGCCACCCGCCCCCCCGUCAGAGGCUGUGGUGGUCCACUGACGUUUAAGUGGCGGCAGCGUCGUCAUCACCAUCAUCACCAUCCUGAUGACGACCCGAUCCAAAGUGAGGAGCCCCCUGCAGAAGGUGCAGAGGAGCAUCGACGACGUGAAGAAACGUCUCGACGCGCUCGUCGCCGAGGAGCGAGACGGCGGGCAGCGGAGCAGCGGCCCUGGCAACAGGGAGCUGGGACGGCGCUGCGAGGAACUCCGGGCGCACGCGGAGGGCGUCCGGCGGGAGCUCUCUGCGCUCGGCAAGGCGGACGAGCCGGCGCCCGUCUCCGACUACGACGGCAAGAAGCAGGAAGAGGAGCGCCGCCUGCAGCGGAUCCUAGCGGAGCUGCGACAGCUGGCGCAGCGGUGUGCGCCACCCGACAGUCGUGAAGGCACCGAGAGCGAAGAAGAGGAUGAUGAAGAGGCAGAGGAAGGAGAGGAUGAUGAUGAGGAUGAAGAUGAUGAAGAUGAUGAAGAUGAUGAUGAAGAUGAUGAUGAAGAUGGGGAGGAGGUAAAGCAGGUGAAGGGGGCGUUGGUGCAACAGGCAGAGGAAGCGGAGGGUGGAGGAAAGCAGACGAGAGAGGUGCAGCUGAAGACGUUUGUUGCGCUCAGCGACUUCACGUCGCAGGAGGCCGGCGACCUAUCCUUCAGGAAGGGGGCGGUGCUGCUGGUGCUGAGCAAGAAGCCCGACGGCUGGUGGGAGGCACAGGACGAGCACGGCGCACGCGGGAUGGUGCCCAGCACGUACCUGCAGCACCAGAAGCCGGACAAAGUCCAAGAAGACCAAGAAGAUGACCAAGAUGAUGACGAGGACGAUGACGACGAGGAUGACGAGGAGUCAGUUCCUUCGAGCGAAGAGGAGGCCGGCAGCAGGCGGCACGACACCUCGUCGGGGCGCGCCCUCAAAGCAGCUCUAGACGACACGAGCGCCAGCGCCGCUAUGACGGCGACGGGCGCCGUCCCCUCGGGAUUCCGCCCGUCCACACUGCACCGGCUGCUGCUGCUGCGCGGCGAGGGCGCGGACGAGUUCAGUACGCGCGGCCACCUGCUGCCACGCCUCGGCCCCUCGCAGCUCUCCUUCCGCGACCUGCAGUGGAGCGAGGAGCAGGGCGGCGUGAGGCCGCGGACGUGCCGCGUCAGCCGCACCUUUUACCUCGCCGGCGCCAAGGCCAUCCCGCCGCCGGGGCUCGGCGUGCAGGUGGCGAGCCUCCACGUGCGCGUGUGCCUGUUUGACGGGCGCCGCGUGCUGAGCAACGUGCACGCGGUGCGCGCCACGUGGCGGCCGCGCAACCCGGGCCGCUGGACCUUCUCUCCCCGCGUCGGCGGGCUGCUGCCGAGCCUCUUGGACGGCGAAUUCUUCGCCCGCUCCGACAACGCCUCGCCCAACCUCGGGCUGCUGUUCGAGCUGGGCAUCUCGUACGUGUUGCGGUCGCGCGCCGCCGCCACCGAUACGUCACCGGCGGCGGAGCUGGAGCUCGGCGAACUCAGCUGCGGCUGGGCCUUCAUGCAGCUGUUCACCGAAACCGGCCUGGCCAUCGCCAGCAAGUCCUACGAGCUCGAUGUGCACGGUGGCACGCCCUACGAGCGCGACGUCGAACUGGACCCCUCGGCCGCCGGCCGUGCCGGCGGCGCCCUCCGGCAGAUCUUCUCCAACGCCAGGCCGCGGCUGUUGGUGAGGGCGCGCACCCCGGCGGCCCCGCUGCGGCGGGCGCUGGACCGCCUGCCGCAGACGCUGGUGAGCUGCGUCUGCUACGUGUCGGUGCUCGUGAUGUACCGGCAGCUGCUGGCCAGCGCGCUGCUCGAGGGUCGCGGCGACGAGACGGACGCCCGGCCGGUGGCAGACGACGUGCUGGCGUCGCUGGGCGAGCUCGUCGGGCUGCCCGACGUCAUGGACGCGCUGCGCAGCGUGUGGGCCGAGCGGCGAGGGGGCCUGCGCCGGGCGGAGCGCGCAGACCGCCGCCUCAUGGAGGAAACUUUUCGGCGGGCUCAUCGCGACACGGCGCAGCUGCUGCUGCACCUGGCGAACCUCCCGCCGAACCGAUGGGGCCACGGGCCGAACGAGGCCGAGAGAUGGAUGGCGAUCGGAUCCAUCCUGAGCCAGGGCCGCCAGGCGGGAGGCUCCCUGCUGGGACUACUGUCGCCCGAGCUGCAGCACGAGCCGUUUCACAUCGACCAGGUGGCGUUCUCGCUCACGAGGGACGCGCCGGUUCACGCACGGGAGAGCGGUGGCGGCAGUGGCGGCGGGGAGGUCGCCGAGGCGGUUUAGACGGUCGUGUGGCGGACACCCGGAUGAGAUCUGGUGACGUGGACGCGGGGUUUUGUGGAUGGAGAGUGUGUGAGGCACCAAGCUACAGGGCACUGUAAAAGGCAGUUCUGCAAAAUUGAUUCUUUAUACUAUACAUAUUGUUUAGGGAGGCAGGAAAAAAUCUACUCGUCAUGCCACACAUAGUAAUGCUCAUCAUGUCACUAUAAAAGUGAUGUUUUUAAUUCGAGAUACUGGAAUUUGGCCAUAGUCCAAAACUACAUUUAACGUGAUGACCUUCAAUUGACUGUACUUGAGAACCUGCUUUCAUCACUGGCGGCUGCCUCGAUUCAAACUCAGAAUGUUUUUAUCAAUAAGUAUUUAUUUUGCAUUUUUCUCAGAAUUAAAUUCUAGUUAUGCUAUCAGCAUUGUGUCAUGGGACGAAAUACAUUUCCAUCCAGAACUCUAGUAGCUAGCAGUGCAUCACCCCGUAUUAGAGAACAACAAUGCCAAUAAUAUGGGGUCACAGAACUACUGAAGUCACUUCCAGCCGACCUCUUUAUCCACACUAGUGGCACAGCUUUCAAUACCAGGCAAAUAUUGUGUUUCAGUUAGUUGAACAAAAAAAAUUAACAGCUGUAAGAAGCCAAAUUAAGUGAAAACCAAAUGUAAUGUGAUGGAAGUAUUUUUGUACAGUCAUUGGUGGGUGGCGAGAUAGUUAACAGGUGAGCGAGGUAUUUAACAUAUCGUCAUGGUGGUGAGAUAUUAAUUACCUCUCCUGGUACACAGGAGGUCGUGGGUUCGAUCCUGACCCUGACACCGGUAUAUUUGGAGUUUGCGUGUCUCUCUCCCUGUGGUCGCCUGGAUUUUUUUCCAGGUUCUCCGGUUUUUCCCUCCACAUUUAUAAUCAACGUGCGUUUAGAGUAUUUGGCUGCUAUAAAGUUCCACGUGAUAAGCUGCUUUGUUGAGCUAAUAUAUAUGGCCAAAGCACUUCUAAAAAAGAGGAGAGCUGUAUAGCUCAGUGGGCCUUACCUGGUAAAAUAAACAAGAGUUUAAUAGUUUCUAGCUUAUCAGCUCACCACACUUGAACGCCCAGUUUAAUUUGUAGGUGCCUAUGAAACUCUACUGACUCGGUGCUCCUGAUGCGUGAGCUGCCUGGCCAUUACGCAAGUGGAUUUUCUACACGGUUUUGAGCGUUAUUUCCCCACAUGCGCUGGGUUUUCCUUUGGUUGUGUUCUUUCCUCUCACAGUUAGUGGAAAGGAACUAAAUUAAAUUAAAUGUCCAAAGUCAAUCCCUCCUGAAAUUGAGUCUUGAAACUAAGAAUUCUUGACAUUGGCAUUGAUUGCCUCGUCAGCUGUCACAUGUGGGACCAGAAAUCUGCCUGUGGGAUUGUUGUCUUGGUACAAAGUUGUCAUUGCUGCCAGUUAUCCAAAUACAGGACGCUCCUGAAAAUUACUCUUGAGACUCAGGAUGUUCUAGAUAAUUAAAAGUAUAUUUGUUUUAUAUCUGGUUAUACCACAUAUGCUUUAAAGUAAAUGUAGACUUUUUUUUGUCUCCAGAAUAUUGAAGCAAAGUUGCGGUUUUAAAAAUAAUGCAAUCCUAUAAAUUGAUAAUGGAACCCAUGUAUUUACGUUUUAAAUAAAGUGUGUUAUUUAAACUGUAACCCAUGAUUGUGAUCCACUAAAUCUUUAAGGUCAAGUGGUCAUCACCGAUGCCAUUGAUGUCACCACACUUAACCAUCGUACAAACCACAGCCCAAAACUCACCCUCUGUGUAACACUUCCACAAGCUGGAAGAUGGAGCUAUAGCAACCAUAUCCGAAAUCACCAUUAGUCAUGAUCAAUCCACUGCUGGAUUAAGGCCUGCAAACCAUUACCAUCUUCCACAAUCCGCUCUGUAAUAUUCCACCAAGCACCUGCGCAUCAGAUGAUGCCAAGGCAGCCUCUCACUCUGGAUGUUUCUCUCCUGAUACUUAUAUUCCUUUAUACUGGGAGGAACCUCCUGGUUACACCAGCCCACAGGGGAUUAUUCUGUCUGUCCGU